UCCCCCGCGCGCUCAACAUGGAGGAUCUGACGGUGGAGGUUCGUGGCUCCAAUGGAGCUUAUUACAAGGGUUUUGUCAAAGAUGUUCAUGAUGACUCGCUCUCCAUUUCAUUUGAAAAUGACUGGCAACCUGAAAGACAAGUCCCCUUCAGUGAUGUGCGGUUGCCACCUCCAGCUGAUGGCAAAAAGGAAAUCAAUGAAGGAGAAGAAGUGGAGAUAUACUCCAGAGCAAAUGAACAAGAGCCCUGUGGUUGGUGGCUUGCUCAAGUACGCAUGAUGAAAGGAGAUUUCUACGUGAUCGAGUAUGCUGCUUGUGACGCAACCUACAAUGAAAUAGUUACGUUUGAACGUCUCCGCCCAGUGAAUCGUAAUAAAGCUGUGACACAGAACACAUUCUUUAAGUGCACUGUUCCUGUCCCUGAAGAUCUCAGAGCAGCAUGCGAGAAUGAACACGCCCACAAGGAUUUCAAGAAGGCAGUUGGAGCCAUUCAGAUUGUAUACAGCCCAGAGCAAAGCCAUCUGUUUGUACUGUCCAUGAAUGAAUCCACAAUCAAGCGCGUCUCCUUGCUGAGCGACAUGCAUCUACGCAGCAUCCGCACAAAACUCUUGCUCAUGUCCAGGAACGAAGAGGCCACGAAACAUCUUGAGAGUACAAAGCAGCUGGCCUCAGCGUUUCAAGAGGAAUUCACUGUGAGGGAAGACCUCAUGGGUCUCGCCAUCGGAAGCCAUGGCAGUAACAUCCAGCAGGCCAGGAAGGUGACUGGAGUGACCGCCAUCGAACUGGACGAGGAGACAGGAACCUUCAGAAUUUACGGAGAGACUGUGGAGGCGGUACAGAAAGCAAGGAAUUAUCUCGAGUUUUUGGAAGAUUCUGUUCAGAUUCCUCGCAAUCUUGUCGGGAAGGUUAUUGGCAAAAAUGGUAAGGUUAUCCAGGAAAUUGUUGACAAAUCUGGUGUGGUACGAGUGCGUAUCGAAGGUGACAAUGACAACAAACUUCCCCGACAAGAGGGAAUGGUGCCGUUUACAUUUGUUGGAACAAAGGAGAGUAUUGGCAACGUACAAGUCUUACUUGAAUACCAUAUUGCUUACCUAAACGAGGUAGAACAGCUUUGUCUGGAGCGGCUGCAGAUUGACGAGCAGCUGCGUCAGAUCGGGAUGGGUUACAGGCCUGCCCCAAACCGACCAUUCGACAAGGACAAGGCCACUGAUGAGAGCGCGCCAAACACUCUCCAUACCAAUCGGUCGUACAGUGGCAGGGGCCGUGGCCGUGGCCGCCGGGGUCCUGGAUACACAUCUGGCUAUGGCACUAACUCUGAGCACUCGUAUGUCUCUGAGACUGACUCCGAGCGCAAAGAAGAGCUGAGCGACUGGUCCCUGGCUGGGGAGGAGCCGGAGCGUGCCCCCAGACAGCAGAGAGACAGCAGAAGGAGACCAGGAGAGGGGAGGGGGAGAGGGCGUGGAGAUCCUGGGAGCAGAGGUCGUGGCUCGGGACGAGGAGCAUCUAACUCUAUUAGCUCAGUUCUGAAAGAUCCCGAUGGAAACCCUUACAGUCUGUUGGACAACACUGAGACGGAUCAGACUGCAGACACGGACGGCAGUGAGUCCCAGAUGAACACAAACCGCCGCAGACGUUCUCGCCGCCGCCGCACCGAUGAAGACACCACAGUUAUGGAUGGCAUGAGCGAGUCCGACAACACCUCCCUCAGCGAGAACGGACUUGAUGAUGCUGAAGCUAAACCAGAGCGGCGCAAUCGUAGUCGCCGCCGCCGUUUUCGCCCUCCUGAGGAGAGGCAGCCAGUAACUGUGGCUGACUACAUAUCACGUGCUGAAUCUCAAAGCAGACAGAGAACCCUGAGAGAUCUGAAGAUGAACAAAAAGGAGAUGGGUCAAGUGGAGUUCAUAUCGGAGCACAGUCCCACUGAAGCUGUGAGCAACGGCCCCAGUACCAAAGCAGACGAUCAGAAUAAAUCUUCACAAGCUUCUGCUGAGAAGGUGCCCAAAACCAACCAAGCCGUUGUCAAUGGAAUCUCCUAAUUAGUUCAGUGUUUUUCUUGAAAACUCAUAACCUUUACAAUUUUACAAUAGUGCUUGUACAAGCUUGCCAAAGAUAGACGUAUGGACUUCCACAUUCUCGAUUGCACUUUUUGGUUCCUUCACAAUGGAACAGAUUGGAGAAUUACGGUGAAAGAAAACAAAAACAUUGAGACAAAAAAAAAAAAAACAUUAAAUCACUCCUAAGUAUGUUCUUGAUCUGAUGUUGUGCCUUCAGAGCAGAGUUUCAACAUUUAUGUUGGCUGGCUGUAGACGAAACAAAAGAACGUGUCUGAAAUGGCGAUUAACAGAAAAACUCCCAGACAUCUUAGCUGCUUUGUUACGUUUUAAUAUGCAACCACUUCUUCACGUUGGGAAGGGGUUAUGGGGAAAGGAUGUUUUGCACUGAAUAGUCAGUUCUUGACCUUUAGAAAUGAUGUUAGUCUGGAAACUGGUCUGCUAACUUUGUCCAUUUUAAAUGCUGUACUGUAUGUCACACUUCCUUUAAGAACCUGAGCGAUUGAAUUGGGUUUUCAUCCUUUGCCUGAUGGGUUGUAACGGUGGUAAAGACAGUUUCGUGAAAGGAACCUUUUUUUAAUUUAUUUUAAUAUGUACAGUAUUUAAAGUUAACUUUGCAGUUAUUUUUAACACUAAACUGCCGGAACUUAUUAGCACGCAAGUGACAAUUUGGACUACUGAAAGAUCAAUUUCCAGAUUUUCUGUUCUGUAAACUACGUUUGUUAGUCCUUUGGUUUUUGUUGUUUUUUUUUUUUGUUUGUUUUUUUUUUAAAGAUCAUUCUGGUUGUUUGAUGUGCAAUAUGUUUUGUAUGCAGGUAGUUCAUAAAUAAACAUUUGAUCUUCCAGCCAAACCUUUAAAGUUGGUUUUCAGACUGUUUUAAAAUCAAUUCAGGGUUCCCACGUUCAGGGAAAUUUAAAAUGUCAGUUUCCAGGUCUGAAAAAGUCUUGGAAAUUAGUGUUAUCUUAAAAAGCCUUGGAUGUUUCUACUGGGUAUACUUUUUUAAAGUUAUGCUAUGCUCUAAAAUAUUUAAUUGUAAGUGUGAUCUCCAGAAAAUAAUUUUAAAAAAGCAAUUGGAAAAACACUUUGUUUGAAGUUAUUUGUUAAAACGUGUGGGAACCAUGUUGUUCCCUUUCUAAACAAAAGGGUUCUCAUGAUCAUGGAAAUAUCUGGGACUUUUUAAAUUGGGAUUUCUGUGCCUGGGGAAGUUAUGGAAAUUACUAAUAAUGUGUAUUUAAUGCUAUUUGUGAGUGAAAUCUAUCACAAAUGACCAGUGUUGGGUGUAAUCUGAUUACAAAGUAAUUUUUUCAGUAAUCUGAAAUUUUUUGGUAAUAGUGUAACAUUUUAAAUUCUUGUAAUCAGAUUACAGUUGCUGACUUUCAAUUAAGGUAAUUACUUGUACAUUACUUGGGUUACACAUAUUUCUAAAAUAAUAUUCAUGUACUGUAUAAAACAUUUAAAAAAUGAAUUCAUAUGUUCAUAAACGUCUGCCCAUCCAUA